GCGAUUGUGAUUCUGUUGGGUCGAACGACGCUAGGACAUAAUUAAAGAUUACCCAACAUGCUGGACGCGGCUAUUGAGAAGCUCCGAAAUGAGACGGGCUGCCCCUGCGCCGAGAUCGAGCAAGGCAAGAGCGGCAGGGAGCUCUGCAUCAAAGGUCACCGCAAAGGUUACGUGUUGGCCAUCGCCAUCGUACCGAGUAUCAUCAGGAAGAUUGAUGGCGAGAACGGUGACACGAUGAAUUCGUCAUUAGAGAUAAAUGACACAACAGCGGCCUCGAGCGACACGCAGUCGAUGGAGAAUUACGUGGACGACAAGCUAAUGCAGCUGGAGCAUCAGAUCGUCAUCUUCGCCGACCAUCUCCGCAUGGAAGGCUGGGCGUUCGGUUUGUGCGGCGAGGACAUCGUCAUCGUGCUGUCUGUCGACGAUGCGCAGCUGCACACAUCCGUCGGGCAGAGGUCGCGUCGUCUGCUCAGCAAAGCUAAAAUCGACGAUGUCUUCAAGCUGACGAAGCGCUACUUCCAGGAGAAGAAGUACGCGCUCGGUCUCCUCAUCACCGUCGAAAAAUACCGCGAGAUUCUGACUGGAAAGUACGUGAGUCCGCAGGAGUCCGAAGAGACGAACAUUACGAUGGGUCUCUACAUCGGUCUGAUGUCGAUCGUCGUCAUGAUCGCCGUCAUCAUCUGCGUCGUCUGCAUAAAGUCGAUCGGCGAGAAGUUCAAGCCGAAGCGACGCGGACUGGAGACGGCGGCAAGCGGCAUGUCGGCAGCGGCGACGCCGGCGAUGAUGUGGGCGGGCGCCGGAGGUGCCGGCGGCGGCGGCGGCGGCGGCAGUCAGUUGUGA